AUGUCCGAGGCUGAGAGCAUAUCUAAAGACACUGCUGAAGUUGCAGGAGCUACUGCGGCUCCAGCACCAACAAGCACCACAAAGCAGUUAAAUGAUGAUGGUUUAGAUCAUAAAACACUUUUUGUUCGCUCCAUACCGUCUGAAGCUACAUCAGAGGAUUUGUCAACAUUCUUUUCACAAUUUGUUCCUGUAAAGCACGCAGUUAUUGUCACUGAUGAGAAUAAACAGAGUAGAGGAUUUGGGUUUGUUUCAUUCACCUUGGACGACGACACAUUGACUGCGUUGGUUGAGGCUAGAAAGACUAAAUUUCAAGGAAAACUAUUGCGAAUUGAUAUUGCCAAGAGAAGGGAUCGUAAGACUCAGGGACCUGAUGGAAGCUCAAUUUCAAGUAGAAAGAGUGAGCCAAUAGAGAAAAGGAAAGCCCGAUUGAUUAUCAGGAACCUACCUUGGAGCUGUAAAAAACCAGACACUUUGAAAAAUAUAUUUCAAAGAUAUGGAGCUGUUUUUGAUGCUUAUAUUCCCAAAAAGAAAGGUGGUCAAAUGUGCGGAUUUGCGUUUGUGAUUAUGAAGAAGAGAGCUGCUGCCGAAAGAGCCGUGAGGGAGAGUAAAGGGUUGAAGAUUGAUGGGAGGGAAGUCGCAGUUGAUUUUGCAUUGGAGAAAUCCAAAUGGGAACAAGUUAAGGACCAAGAGGAAAGUGGAGAUGAAGAAGAUGGUGUUGGUGAUGAAGUGGCGAACGAGGAUUCAAAGAAUGAAGACCUCUCCGAUGAUGCCGAGGAAGCCGAAGGUGGUCUUGGAAGUGAUGAAGAUGACGAAGAAGAAAACGAAGAAGACGAAGAAGAAGGCGAAGAAGAAGACGAGGACGAAGAAAUUCACGAGGAUUCGAACUUUGACAAGUUGAAUGAAAUCAACACUGACGAUGAGGUUGACUCGGAUGAUGAAGACAUCAAAAUUGAGGUCGACGGUGAGUCGCAGGAGAGCGAAGAGGGCGAGAAACCAAAGAAGAAAAGCAAUAGGCAAGAAGCGUACUCAAUCUUUGUACGGAACAUUCCUUACGACGCUGAUGAGGAGAGCUUGAAAGAACACUUUGAGUCCUUUGGACCCGUCAAGUAUGCACUUCCCGUUAUCGAUAAAGAAACCGGGUUAUCCAAGGGCUCAGCGUUUGUCGCAUUCAACAAGGAAGAUGCAUAUCUCGACUGUCUCGACAAUGCUCCGUCGAAUACAGGGUCAACUUCAAUAUUGAUUGCUGAUGAUGUUUCACCAAAAUAUGUGUACCAGGGGCGUAUCUUGUCCAUCACUUCCGCCGUUGAUAGACAAUCAGCAAAUAAAUUAGCUGAACGAAAUGCGCUCAAGAGAAAAGAGGCUCUAGGUAAAGCUCCCUCCGAAAAGGAUAAACGGAACUUGUUUUUGCUUAAUGAAGGUCGAAUCACUGAAAACUCCAAACUAGCCCAGUUUAUCACAAAGACCGAUUUGGAAUUGAGAGAGAAAUCGUACAAGUUACGUGUACAGCAAUUGAACAAGAAUCCAACAUUGCACUUAUCAUUGACAAGAUUGGCAAUUCGUAACUUGCCUCGAGCCAUGAACUCGAAAUCAUUAAAGGCCUUGGGAAGGAAAGCAGUGGUCCAGUUUGCUACUGAAGUGAAACAGGGCCAACGACAACCAUUGUCCAAAGAGGAGGUUUCACGAUCAGUUAAAACUAAAAAGGAGCUACAAGAGGAAAUUGAAACCAAAUCAAAGAAUUCCAAACACAAGGGUGUAGUCAAGCAAGCAAAAGUGAUUAUGGAAGUCAAAGGCUCUGGUGAAGCUGGGCGUAGUAGAGGAUAUGGGUUUAUUGAGUUUAGGGACCACAAAGCUGCAUUGCAAGGAUUGAGAUGGUUGAAUGCACAUGAGGUAUCGAUUGAUGAAAUUACUGAAGGGAUGACUGACGAAGAGAAAAAAGUGGCCAAGUUGGAUGGGGUGAGUAAGAGAAGAUUGAUUGUUGAAUUUGCUGUUGAGAAUGCACAAGUUGUCAAGAGAAGAAGAGAAAAGGAGAUGAUUAGUAGGAAAUUUGACAUUGAAGGAGCAUCUAAUAAAAAGAGAAAGCGUGGUGAAGACGAGGAGGAAGAUGCAGGUGAUUCUAAGAAGCAGCGUAAAGGGCACAAGGGUUCACUGAAGAAAGGUAACAUGAAUAAAGGUAACAAAAGCCAAGCGCUGGAUUCCAAAGAGCCCAAGAACAAGUCUGGUCUUUCUGAUAAUAUUAAGUCGAUCAUUGGACAAAAGAGGAGAAGAAGAAAGGGGAAAAAGUAA